UAUCCAUUCAGUAUUAAUUCGAUCGUUGAGUAUAGUAUAUUCAAGUUUUCGAUCGUUCGUGUGUUGCGGAUUAAAUUUAUUGUGAUUAACCAUUUCUCGUUUACUGAAGAGAAGAAAAAAAGAAACAUUUAGCGUGGAAUGUGAGUGUUGACUCUAAUAUUCUUGAAUUAAGUGUUAACAAUUCACAACAAUAUAAUGGAAACGUAAAAUUGGUUUAAAGAAGAAAAAAUCAAACCAAUUCAUUGAGUGAUUCGACGACGAAUCGGUUUCCAUCAUUUCAAAAGCAACAAGUGAUUCAGCCCAACAUAGGUAACAAAUGGACGAACAACAACUAUUGUGUAUGGGCGAUCCAGAUCGUCAGGGAUCGUUGUCAGCUGCCUUACAAAACAAAAAUUUUGACCACUUUCGACACAUUCUCUACAUGAGCGGAGUCGAUCCGGAAAAAGUCGAUUCGAAAGUGUCGAUCUCAAUAUUUGAAAAAUGUUGUCAGACACCGGGACGUGCAGAAUUUAUCCGUGCCUGCAUAGAAUGGGGUUGUGAUGUUAAUAAGGAAAACGGUGAAUUCGUCAACAAGCGACCGAUUAACUUUGCCGUGGAAUCAGAAGAUCCAGACAAUUUAAAAGUGCUACUCGAAAAUCCACACGUACGAGUUGACAACAUUCACGAAGGAUCGACUCCAUUGCAAUAUCUCGCUUCAAUAAUCAGCGACGCCAAUUUCCAGAAUGUAGCUGAAUGUAUCAAGUCACUUAUAGCCAGUCAAGCUAAUGUUAACAUACCGAACAAUCGAGGGCUGACACCAAUUUUAACGCUAGCUAAGAAGAAAAUUUCACCCGAAAAGAAUGCGGAGCUUUUGCAACAUUUUUUGGACAAUUGUUCGGUGGAUUUGGAUAGUUUACGAGAUGGUGAAGCUCGGAAAGUGUUGAGCAAGAAUUUCCCGCAGUUGAUUUUACCUGAAAAGUUUUCGGGUGAAAUUGAAUGGGAUUUCAGAUCGUUGUCCACAGCUCUCAUCGAACAUAAGGAGCAGAACUUCAUUCGCGGUCUUGACAAAUUUCUGGAACGAACUAAUGACUCCGACAAUCGUCAAAAUGUGUUCCGUGAACAUCCGUCGAAUGAAACGUUACUCACUCUAGCUACACGCAACGGCCUCGCUAACGCCGUCGAAAAACUGUUGCGUUGCGGAGAUAGUCCGACAAAUGUUGAACUUUACGGAUUUUCAUCGAAAUUGACGUCUCCAUUAGAACUGGCCUGCAUUUAUGGAUACUGGAAGAUCUUAGAUAUGUUUUUGAAAAGCUCGAAAGUCGAUAUUAACUCAGGACCGUAUCUCAUCAAGGCCAUUCAGAAUAUCGGGGAACAAUCCACCAAUAAAUCGUCGGAUUUCCUAAAGUGUUUCAAAUUGCUGGUCAACUGUGAAGGAAUAGAUUUGAAUAGAAAAGACGAUGCUGGUAAUACUCCGUUGCAUGUUGCUGUCAAUUACAAUAUCGAAGGAGUGGCGCUGGAGCUGCUGAAGAGAGGUGCAUACAUCGGGGCCAAAAAUAAAUUCAACGAACUGUCGAUUAACGACAUUGAGCCCAGAAUUCUUGAAAAGCACUUCAACAAUUGUAUACAGACAAAUGGUCGACGUUCCGGCGAUACUAACUACGAAAUUAUUUUUGAAUAUACGAAUCUUGUGCCGUCAUGUCUCACAAACGGAAAACCGUCUAAAAUUCCUACUCAAGGCAGUACCGAUGAAAUGGCUCCCAUCGAAUACAUGGCAAAAUCCAAUGAACUCAAACAUUUGGUAAAACAUCCUCUGAUCGCAAGUUUCUUGUUCCUUAAAUGGCAUCGUCUGGCCAUGAUCUUCUACACAAACUUCUUCUGCUACACAAUAUACUGCAUGUCCAUGAUAUUCUUUUUAUUAUUUUGCUACGGCAACGACGAACGAAAUGCAGCGAUAAAUUCAGUUCUCUAUGCUAUAUGUGCAAUAGGUGGACUGUACGUUUUCUUCAGGGAGCUAAUGCAGUUCGUUAUUUCACCACGAACGUAUUUAAAGACUAUCGAAAAUUGGAUGGAAGUUACAUUGAUCGUCAUGACAGUGGUUGUACUAGCAAGCGAAAAUUAUAAAGACAGCACGCGCCGUACUUUCGCAGCCAUAACAAUACUGCUUGCAGUUUGCGAAUUUUUCAUUCUGACUGGAUCUCUUCCAGUUUUGUCGUUUUCCACCCAUCUAGUCAUGCUAAAGACAGUGUCGAAGAGUUUCCUGAAAAGUCUAAUGCUCUACUCGAUCAUUUUGAUUGCAUUUGCCCUGUGCUUUUACACAUUGCUCGGAAAAGAUGGUCCUGAUGAUGAAACAGAUCGGAAGGUUGUAGUGCCGAAAACGGAUGGUGCAGAAGAAGAAGAAGAAGAAGACGGUGAAUUUAAUCAGUUCUUACACCCGGGACUUGCUAUCAUUAAAACAGUGGUAAUGUUGACGGGUGAAUUUGAUGCAUCUGAUAUAAAGUUUAACAAGAACGUCUACAGUUACGCCAUAUUCUUGAUUUUCGUAUUUAUGAUUUCAACGGUACUGUUCAAUCUAUUGAAUGGUUUGGCUGUCAGCGACACUCAAGCGAUCAAGUCAGAGGCCGAACUAAUGAACUUUAUCUACAGAGCCGAACUAAUGUCUCGAUACGAGAAAAUUUUAUUGGGACAAGGCGAAAGUGAUUGUUGGAACGUUUUCCAUCGCCGAUGGACGUCUACAUGGAUAUCCGUGUUUCCCGACUACUUACCGUUAAAGAAACUGUCCGUCCUUCCAAAUGCCAACAAUAUCGUUCGGAUACCGAUUAAACGAGAAAAGCACCAAUUGUUCGACGACGAUGACAUCGAGGAUCCCAUCAAAACGAGCAAAAGUCUUGAUUGUCCGCUGAACUUGUCGCUCUGUUGCAUAUUCGGGAAUCAGCGAUGCUCGAGAAUGGAAAAGAAAAUUGUCAAAUAUGCAAAAUUUGUGCUGGACUCCAAGGACAGGGACAACGAACUGGAAAUCGAACGAAACGAGCUGCAACGCCGAAUCGGAAAUAUUGAAAAUCGAAUCGAACAAAUUUUGCAAAUUGUUAUGAACAGUAAACUGGCACAGGAAGCCUAAUUUUGUUUGUUGCUUGAAUGUUUCUUUUUAUAUAAAAUGCUAAAGAUUACCGCACAUCUCACCACGGAAAAUAAAUAAUUUAUUUAACGAAAA